AUGUUCCGGCACAGUAUCCGGCGCUUUGGUACCACGGCCAUUCGUGCCGCCAAUGCACCAUCAUACACGUCUAAAGUAUCUACUGCUCAAGGUGUUGUAAAUGGUCUCACAGAAGCCAUUGGUAACACACCACUCAUUCGGCUUAAGAAACUUUCCGAGGAAACCGGAUGUAAUAUUCUGGGUAAGGCGGAGUUCCAGAACCCUGGUGGAAGUGUGAAAGACCGUGCCGCGCUUUUUGUCGUCGAGGACGCCGAGAGAAAGGGACUUCGCCCUGGUGGUACCGUAGUUGAGGGUACUGCCGGCAACACUGGUAUCGGUCUUGCGCAUGUGUGUCGAUCAAAAGGUUACAAGCUGGUGAUCUACAUGCCCAACACCCAGGCCCAGGGUAAAAUCGAUCUGCUUCGCCUGCUAGGUGCUGAGGUGUACCCGGUCCCUGCCGUCGCAUUCGAUAACCCCGAGAACUACAAUCACCAGGCCCGUCGCCAUGCUGAAUCCUUGGAAAAUGCCGUAUGGACGAACCAAUUCGACAACAUUGCCAAUCGCCAAGCGCACAUCGAGACUACUGGCCCGGAGAUUUGGGCUCAAACUAAUGGCAAGCUUGACGCUUUCACCUGUGCUACUGGAACCGGUGGUACUCUGGCUGGUAUCACUCGCUACCUUAAGGAGGUCAGUGACGGUCGAGUUAAGAGCUUCCUGGCCGAUCCUCCAGGAAGCGUUCUCCACAGUUACAUCCAGAGCGGUGGUAAUUUGAUCGACCGAUCCGGUAGCAGCAUCACCGAGGGCAUUGGCCAAGGUCGUGUCACCGACAACCUGCAGCCUGAUAUUGACCUCUUGGAUGGCUCGUUGAACAUCAGUGACGAGAAGACCAUUGAGAUGAUCUACCGUUGCCUGGAUGAGGAGGGUUUGUACCUCGGUGCUAGUUCUGCCCUGAACGUGGUAGCUGCCAAGGAGGUCGCUGAGAAGCUGGGCCAGGGCAGCACCGUGGUAACAAUUCUGUGCGACGGAGCGUACCGAUACGCUGAUCGGUUGUUCUCCAACACUUGGCUCGAGAGUAAAAACCUACGGGGUUCCAUUCCUAAGCGCUUGGAAAAGUACAUCGUGUUGCCUUAG